UAGAACUUACCACCAGGAUCACUGAGCUGCUGAGCGGAGAGGUUCCUAUAAGGUGUCAGGAUGUCGCUGUCUAUUUCUCCAUGGAGGAGUGGGAGUAUUUAGAAGAACACAAGGAUCUGUACAAGAAUGCCAUGAUGGAGAAUCACCAGUCCCUCACAUCACCGGGUGAAGACGGGAUGAGCGACUCCCAUGGACAUCUCCAUUUAUCUUCCUGUCAUGAAGCAGAAGAUAAUACCACACAAGAUAAUUCAAUAACUCCUAAUGUACCCUCAGUCCUUCACAGCGGAGAUCUAUACACCGAUACCGCUGGUCACAAGAAACCUUCAGCUAAUCAAUCAUUGAAUUUCAAACAUAUAACUGAACAUAGAUGGGGGGAAAUAUUUUUACCUGGGAAACAUUUUAAAAAGAAAUCUAAUCACAAAGAUAAUGGGACAUUUUCAUGCGCAGAAUGUGGAACAUUUUUUACCAGGAAAUUUCUUUUAGUUAGACAUCAAAGAACUCACAAAGUGGAGAAGCCAUAUUCAUGUUCAGAAUGUGGGAAACGUUUCAUGUGGAAGAGUUCUCUCAAAAAACAUCAGAGAAACCACACAAGGGAGAAGUAUUUUUCAUGUUCAGAAGAUGAGAGAUGCUUUACCCAGAAAUCAGAUCACACAAGCAAAAAGGUGUUUUCAUGUACAGAAUGUGGAAAACGUUUUAACCAUGAAUCAAAACUCGUGCGACAUCUAAGAAGUCACUCAGGAGAGAAACCAUUUUCAUGCUCAGAAUGUGGGAAAUGUUUCAGCCAGAAAUCAUUUCUUGAGGAACAUCUAAGAAUUCACACAGGAGAGAAGCCGUUUUCAUGCUCAGAAUGUGGAACACAUUUUGCCCAUAAAUCAACUCUUCUUCAUCACCAGAGUACUCACAAACGAGAGAAGUCAUUUUCAUGUUCAGAAUGUGGGAAAUGUUUUACCCAGAAAUCAAAUCUUGCGAAACAUUUACAAUGUCACUCAAGGGAAAAGCCGUUUUCUUGUUCAGAAUGUGGAAAGUGUUUUAGCCACGAUUCAAAACUUGUGAGACAUCUAAGAACUCACACAGGAGAGAAGCCAUUUUCUUGCUUAGAAUGUGGGAAAAGUUUUACCCAGAUGGAGGGUCUUAUUAGACAUCAGACAACUCACACAGGGGAAAAGUCAUUUUCAUGUUCACAAUGUGGGAAAUGUUUUAGCCAGAAAUGGGCUCUUGUUAGACAUCGGCGAACUCACACAGGAGAGAAGCCAUUUUCAUGUUCUGAAUGUGAGAAGUGUUUUAGUCAGAAAUCAUUUCUUGAGGAACAUCUAAGAAUUCACACAGGAGAGAAGCCGUUUUCAUGCUCAGAAUGUGGAACACAUUUUGCCCAUAAAUCAACUCUUCUUCAUCACCAGAGUACUCACAAACGAGAGAAGUCAUUUUCAUGUUCAGAAUGUGGGAAAUGUUUUACCCAGAAAUCAAAUCUUGCGAAACAUUUACAAUGUCACUCAAGGGAAAAGCCGUUUUCUUGUUCAGAAUGUGGAAAGUGUUUUAGCCACGAUUCAAAACUUGUGAGACAUCUAAGAACUCACACAGGAGAGAAGCCAUUUUCUUGCUUAGAAUGUGGGAAAAGUUUUACCCAGAUGGAGGGUCUUAUUAGACAUCAGACAACUCACACAGGGGAAAAGUCAUUUUCAUGUUCACAAUGUGGGAAAUGUUUUAGCCAGAAAUGGGCUCUUGUUAGACAUCAGAUGACUCACACAGGGGAAGAACCAUUUUGAUGUUUAGAAGGUGGAAAACAUUUUAACUGGAAAUGGGUUCUUGUUAGGCAUCUAAAAAAGCACACAAGGGACAAACCAUUAUAAUGUUCAGAUUGUAGGAAAUGUGGAAGAUUUGGAGCAUCAAUGCAAGACCUGCUGCCUAACAGUUCCUUCUGAUGUAUAUACUACAAAGAAUACAAGUCACAUGCCCUGGGACCAUUAAAGGGGGUUGUCUUACCUCGAACAUUGGUGGCAUAUUGCUAGGAUAACAAUAAAAAAUGCAGCACUCUUCUUUGCAAAUCCUUUCUGUGGUUUAUUAACUGAACUUAGUGACGUUUCGACUUUAUCCAGCAAUCAAAUGAGUGUUACACACCAAUCAUCUGAUCAAUAAAGUAUGCAAAUAUGCCAUAGUGCCAACCCCCUCAGCAUCUUAGGCUUGUAGACAUAUAAAUAUAUCCAAUUUGGUUUGUUAACAAAAAUGGAUGCAUUAUACAGAUGAGCAAACCAGUUCGUAACAAACCGGUUUCAUUACAAAUUUCCCAAAAAAUUGAUCCACAAGACAAAUCCAAAGCUUUUUAGGUUGGGGGACAGGGCUUGCCCUGGAUGAGCCAAUCGGUGGGGCAGCAGGCAGGAAGGUGCCCUUGCAGAACGGGCAGAGGGUAGAUGGGUGUAGAAAUCUGUAGCAGAAAACAAUCUUAGGACGGUAUACAGUCACAAUCAAGCUUCUAUUCUAGUGUCAGGGACAUUUUAGGGAAAGGCUAGAACGAAGAAGAAUUGUGUAGAAUAGAGAAAGGCAGGGAAAGCUUUUAGCCACGGAGUCCGUAGUAAGGAGCUAAGGCUGGGUAUUCUAGGCAGUGCCUUCUAGCAGCUGUUAAUGCCUUAUAAAACAACUGCAGGAGAACCUCAAAAACACCUACCCUUUUCCCAUUUGAAACAAAAACACAGCUUCUUUUUCCAAAUCUGAGUUCAAGUUUUUUUGUGGGGGGGAAUAAGCUUAAUACAACUGUACAACACGUGGGGAGCGUUUUAAAUCUGAGUGAAAACACCAGGAAUAGUAGGCCAAACUAUUUUACCAGGCAUCUCCAGGCAGUUCAGGUGUUUUUUUUUUUUGCUUUGCAGAAAUGCCAAUACAAGUGUACAACGUGUGUUUUACAAUCCAGAGGGUAGCAUUUUAAAUCUCUAAGUGAAAACACCGAAAAUACUAGGGCAUCUCCAGACAGUUCAAGUGUUUGUGGUGGUGGUGGGGGGAGAAUAAUCACAUAGUAGGUUGACAACUUCUGUUUUACACUAGAGGAAGCUUUUUUUUUCUGAAUUUGCAUAUUUGUAUGCACAUAACACAUUAGGCCCAAAUGUGUUAGUGGUGACGGUACUGUAUUAUUUCCAAAGUAAAUUGUCAAUAUCAGUGUCUUCAGUGUGUUUGUACAAGGAAGGGCAUUUUAUAGCUCCUCUCUGUUUAAGUUCAAGAAAACAGACUUGCAAACUGUUCCAUACUUUGUGUGACUGUGCACAUUAAGCCAAAUGUCAGGAAUAUGGAAGGGUUCCAAACAAAAGUCCCAGGGCCAGAAUGUGGGUAGUAGCAGCACCAGCUAUCCAACCAGAAGUAGUAGUAGGCCACAGUUCUCCAUGGUUUUGGAAAGAUGCAACAUUAUCAUUGAGGAGAAAUGGAAUGAGAUUGUGGAUUGGAUGGCUCUCUUCUCCUCUCAGUCACAGCAGGAUGACAUGGAGGUGACUUAAGUCUGACACCAUACCUUGUAGUCGGGGGUCACUGCAUUCCUCUGACUCUUCCUCCUUGCUGCCCCAGAGAAGCCUUUCACUGCUGUACUCUCUGCCUUUCUUUCUCCUUCCUAGUGGGAAGCCUUUUUUUUUUUCCAAAGAAGAGGCAACAAAACCCAACCAUGCCCUAAGGCAGAUAGUCAAGAAAGUCUCCCUGUCGAGGACUUGUGUGAGAGCUAUCAGCUUUUAGAUUGCUCUGAGGAGGAGGUGGGGGAAUCCAAUCAUUGCUGUGUUGCUGGUGGUAAAAGAGGCACCCGACACUAGUGAUGGGGGCAGCGACAGUGGCAUUCAGGGCAAAUACAUUUCAGGGAAUCGGGAGGGGGCCAAGGAGCCCACCAUGCAAUAUCACUUCCCUUGAAAAAGCAUUACGCGAAAAGCAAGUCGGGGAGUGGACUGGUGGUGCUUGGAUGGUCUUGAGGUCUGGAUUGUGGUCAGUAUACAUUGCAAUAUUGUCCUUAUUAAUUUUUCUUUUUUUCAUAUGUCACCGAUUGCAGUGAUUUACUUUAGCUUCAUAUAGCUUUUGUUUUUUUCAUAUCGCUUGAUCAUAUGACUUUUGUGUGCCACAUUGUGACGUUAGCGAUACACAUUGUAUAUUUUUUUAUUAACUUGUGCUGCUGAUCGCAUUUUGCACUUUAUUCCUUGACCUGCCAAUCAUGCACCACCAGCCCCAGUGCUUUUUUAAAUUGUUUUUUAACUUUGUGUUUUGUCAAUCGUGAGUAUUUAUGUGAUUACAAUAAAGUUGUGUAUGGUUUCAUUACA